UUUUUCUAAACAUAAUAACAUCCGGUAUUUAUUCUCGCCUAAUCUUUAUUAAUAACAUACACAACAAAUUACCUCUAGCACACUUGCCCUAAUAAACCAUAAUAUUUUUUACUUCAUUUGCUUACUACUAAUCUAGUGCUUGUUUUUGUACUGUUUUUGAGUUUAUAUAGAUAUUGUUCAUCCACUCUCUCAUCAGCCCUCACUUCUCUACCUUAUCUCAUCAUUUGAUCUUUAUAAUGCUCUCUUGAGACAAAUGCUUGUACAGGCCUAUAACGAUGUCUUUCUUAUCCAGUGACUGGUAAUUCAGUAUCAAUUCCCUACCAAGCUUUUUAUGCCAUUAGUCAAGCAGGGUCACUAUUGGCCGGCAGCAUCGCAGAAAGCCUCGCUGUUAGUUCACACCAGGCGCGUGAAAUGUGAAUAAAGCACAAUAUUCUCUCAGGCUUAGUGGAGCCUGGGCCCUGCCCUUUCCCACUCCCUCCGUCCCACGAUAUAAGGGAUUUUGAGUUUUCGCUUACAAAUAUUUCAGUAUGUACCCAGAAGAUUGUGAGAUCGAUGUGCAGCAGUUGUUAAGGAGGUGGAGAGCAGAAGGGUUCAUCAAGGUAAAUUGUGGGAGAAACAUAAUGGAGGAAGGGGAAUUCUAUUUAAAUGAACUUAUCAACAGAAGUUUGAUCCAACCAGAAAAAAUGUUAUUUGACGAUCGUAUAAGGACUUGUCGUGUGCAUGAUAUUAUUCUUGAUCUCAUUGUAUCCAAGGCAAUUGAAGAAAACUUUGUUACAGUUUUCAGUGAUCCAAAUUCGCUAGUGUCCCAAGGAAAAGUUCGUCGACUUUUACUUGACUACCGUGGCCAAGAAAAUGUGAUGCCAAUGUGUUCCAUGGUAACUUGUAAUGUUAGAUCAGUGAGCAUAUUUGGAUACAGGGAACAGAUGCUUCCUAUUUCUGACUUGAAUGUUUUCAGAGUGCUUCAUAUAGAGAGUGGUAAUAAGAUGAUGGAGAUUUGUGGAAUUGGGAAGCUACUUCAGUUGCGGUACUUACGGAUUGAUCUAGUUACACAUCUUACUGAAGAAAUAGGAGAACUGCUGUUUUUGGAGAUAUUGGAUCUACCUCGUGGUAUUGGUACAGAGGAGCUGCCCAAAGGCAUAGUUAAACUGCGGCGGUUGAAAUUUUUACACGUUCAUGAUGCAAGACUGCCGGAUGGAGUCGGGAAUAUGCAAGCUCUAGAGGAACUAGCAGUAUCAACAAAAGAGGACAAUUUGAGCUCAAUAAACUCCUUGGAACAGUUGGGAACGCUGACCAAACUUAGGAUACUUCACCUAAGUUUGUCCAUUACUGACGAGAACAAUCAUAAAUCAAAACACUUGGAUACGUUAACUUCAUCGCUCAACAAACUCCUUAGUUACAAUCUUAGAUAUUUGUAUUUUGAUAGUUACUGGCAGUUGGGUUCUGCUUAUAUCAAUUUGGAUUUUUCAUCCUCGCCGUCUUAUCUCCUGCAAGAAUUACACAUCCGUCCUCUCCUUCUCCAUGGGAUUCCUGAGAGGCCGGCGUCACUGGCCAACCUGACCUAUCUGGACAUUAGAAUCCAACAAGUGACGCAAGAAACCCUUGAGAUCCUAGGAGACUUACCUGCCUUGCUUUCUCUUUUGUUAGUGUCCGCAUUUGACAACACAAAAAGGUUUAGCAUAUACAGAAAUAAGUUCAGAUGUCUAGAGUCUCUAAACUUGGAUUGUUCGGCUAGUGAUAUGAUGUUCCACGCUGGAGCCAUGCCAACGCUUGUAGACAUCAACUUUACAAUCAAGGCACAUUCCACAAAGUAUGCAUGUGCCAAUCGAAAUCUGGGCAUCCACCACCUCUCAACCCUUAAGGCACUCAAUGUCUAUAUUGACUGCCAAGGCGCGACAGCUAAGGAGGUGGAGGCAGUUGUGGCCGCCAUCAAGAACGAAGCAAGCCUACUUCCCAACUGCUACAUACAACAUAUCCGCAUAUCGCGGGAGGAAGGAUUGGAGGAUAUCGACAUAUCGCGGGAGGAAGGAUGGGAGGAAGGGGGCCACUCGAUUGAGCAACAAGAAGAGAUCACUAAUCCCCAUACCGAGCACACAAUAACCCCUGCCACAUAGUUCAUCUGCAAUUUCAUCUAUUCAAGUUAUGUAUACUUCCGGUUCCUUGUUGGCAGAAGCACAUAUAUAUUUGUUCCUUUAAUUGGUUUGUGAUGUAUCAAUUGGCCGGCUGGUUCCUUGGGUGGCUACUAUAGUGCUGGGGGAUGCAAACUUCUUGUACGUUUCGUUGUGUGCUGCCUAGGCUUUUAGUUUCUUUGUUCUGUAACUGAGCAAUAAUUGGAGCUUGAAAAUGUGCCCAUGUUUGGUGUCUUUGUGUUUCUGGACGUUUGAUAUGAUAUAUAAACUAGAUAUCAUUUUCAUCAAACGUGCAAAUUGAUAAUGAAUGCUCGACUGUUGUAUAAGAUACAGCUGCUGUGCACUAAUGCUAUUUGCUUACUUUAUAUUCAGUCAUGAAUUGAGACAUCAUUGAUACAGUAGUUACCCUUUGGGUGUUCAACAUAUUUUCAUGGAUGAUCUGGUUUCACAUUUUAUAAAUUUAAUAAUUUUGGCCUUGUUGCCAAUUGAAAGACCGGUACUAUUAUUUAAGCAUGAAACCACAGAUUAAGGUUAUAUAUCUUAUUAAUUUGUAGUGAUAAUUUAUAGCAUUUAUGUUUUAUCUUAAUGAUUUCAAAAAAGCAGAGCGCUAUAUCUGUGCCCAUGUUAGGCUUCACUGGGGACCCAGAUUUAGUUUCUUACUUUCUAUUUUCAAUUAUAUUAUUGAGUUUUCCUUGUCUCAAGAUAUAGGUCUCCAUGUUUUUCUGAACGCACAUAUGAUUCCAUUUAACGAGCACACACCGCAAUACAAGCUUGGAGAUCCACAUUAUGUCGAAUCAAAAAUUUGGAAGCAUUUUUUUUGUCAAAUCAUGGGAGAGAAGAGUUCCGCACUUGAAUUUUCAAUUACGAAAGAGUGAUCAAGAUUACAUGACCCUAGAGUCGGAAGGUUACAGUGAUUGAAGGGGGAAGGGGGAAAAACGCCUCCUAAUUAAACAAAGCCCCUGUUUAGGCCAGCUUAAGAUUCUCAUGAACAACUGGUCGCUUCUAAAAAUCUGAAAAAAAAAUGGGUUUCCUACCGUUUUGGUUAUAGUUCACGUGAUGGGCUGGAUAUGCAUGCCAAAUGAAUUAUUGUUUAGCAAAAAAGAAGCAAGUUGUCUAGCAAAAGAAAGGGCAUUGGAGGCACAUAUGUAUGGGUCAUAGCUUCAUCUUCUGUUUGACGAGGUCACACAUAUGCUUAGGCAGGUCCUAGACGACUGCCACCAAACCUAAAGAGAGCAGCCGUGGCAAGGAACGAGGUCUAGCCAACCAGCAGGGGAAAGAACUUGGUGCUAGACCUGGCGAGCGAACACGUAGUCAAGGAGGAUGUGGUUCGUCAUUUUCAGAUCCUGGGCGCAAAAGGAACAAGCCGAGUGGUUGUCGAUACCACGCUUUGAUCUAGUAAUACUCCCUCGUCUUUGUUUUCUCCACAUACUCGUUUUCUCUACGGUUAAUAAAAGAACACAGUACGUAGUAUAGUAAUAUUUUAAAAUCUUGCUUAACAUAUUUAUUACUAGCUAAAACAGCUGUCUUUCGAGAGUGUACACAAAGAAUCGACGGCAGGGCAACGGCUGCUUCCUGCAGCAGGUAAACAGGCACAACCGGACAGUGCACGUAGGAGAACUGUUGUUUUUGGAGACAUUGGAUCUACCUCAUGGUAUUGGUACAAAGGAACUGCCCAAAAGUAUAGUUAAACUGUGGCGGUUGAAAUUUUUAUGUGUUGGUUAUCCUUGGAGACUUGCCUGCCUUGCUUUCUCUUAUGUUAAGGUUGUACGCACAUGACACCACUGAAAGGUUUAGCAUAAACAGAAAUAAGUUCAGAUGUCUGAAGUGUCUAGACUUGUAUUUUUCUGCCACUGAUAUGAUGUUCCACGCUGGAGCCAUGCUAAAGCUUGAAUACAUCUCGUUUAGAAUCAAGCCACAUUCCACAGAGUAUGCAUGUGCCAAUCGAAAUCUGGGCAUCCACCACCUCUCAACCCUUAAGGAACUCAGUGUUUAUAUAUUCACUGCCAAGGCGCGAGGGUUGAGGAGGUAGAGGCAGUUGAGGCCGCCAUCAAGAACGAAGCAAGCCUACUUCCCAACUGCUCCUCACAACAUAUGGUCAGAUUGGCUGGGAAAAUGAUGGUGACAGAAGGACAUGAGGAACGGGGCUACUCCAUGGAGCAACAAGAAGAGAUCACCAGUCCCCCCAUACCGAGCACAAAAUAACCCCUGCUAUUUAGUUCAUCAUCUGCAAUUUCAUCUAUUCAAGGUAUAUAACUAUAGUACUUGAUAAUAAUCAAUGGCUUCCCAGAGGCUCAUCGAAUCAUAUGUUAUCUUAUUAACUAGGUACGUAUACUUCUGGUUCCUUGGUAGAAGCAAAUAUUUUGUUCCUUUAAUUGAUUUGUGAUGUAUCAAUGGGCCGGCUGGUUCCUUGGGUGGCCACUAGCCCACUGUCACUACCAAAUUCGAGGGCUAGCCUGUAUGCCGAAAACCAUCAGGAAAAUAGAUUUUACCUUCUAUGGGUGGACCGUCAGGUUUUACCGUCUAGUAGUGUACAGUACUGGGGGAUACAAACUUGAUGUUUCAUUGUGUGCUGCCUUGGCUUUUAAUUUGUUUGUUCUGUAACUGAGCAAUAGUUGGAGCUUGAAAAUGUGCCCAUGUUUGGUAUCUUUGUGUAAAAGUCUCCCGCCGUUUGAUAUGAUAUAUAAACUAGAUAUAAUUUUCAUCAAACUUGCAAACCGAUAAUGUAUAUGCUUGACAUUUGUGUAAGAUACAGCGGCUGCACUAUUGCUAUUUGCUUACUUUA